UUUUCUGAAAGUGAUAGGUAGAGAAGCACUAUUUGGCUCAUCGUAUGUGGGGAUUAUCUCUAUGCACUCAUGUUUAACUGCCAUAAUUAACCCCUCCGAGAGUAAGAAGCUAAGUACUUAUAAAAAGUAACAGCUAAGAUGAUGUCAGAUAAAAACAAAAGAUGAUGUGCAUCCCGAACAGAAGUUGAAAUUGUCGGCAUAUUUGAUCCGUAAGAGAGCCGUUGAAAAAGGGUCUCGAGCCAUGCCUUGCAUGUAGUACACGUGCCAGGCCGACAGGCCAAGCAACCGAUACAUGUCAAUUAGGCACCAAGUUUAGCUUUGUGUAAUCGAUCAAUACUCGAACACCUGGAAAAUUGCCUUCAAGAACAAAUAUAUGUGAGGCUUUGGCACUCAUAUAACAAUCUCUCAACUCUUUCCCUUCUCUCUCUCUCUCUCUCUCUCUCUCUCUGGUGCGUUCCAAUCUAAAACCUUAUUUAACUCCCAGAAAAGGCAUUCAGCCGUAGCAGAGCAUUAAUUGAAACUAUGGCCUCCCUGAUCAAACUUAGCUUCUUCUUCUUUGUGAUUGCACAUUCCUUAGUCUUGCUUGCUCCAUUGGUGCAGAGUUCUGAUAAGGAUGAGGAUAGCCUUCUCCAAGGCAUAAACAGUUACAGAACCUCACUAAACCUGCCGGCCCUCGUCAAGAACGGUAACGCAGGUUGCCUAGCAGAUAAAAUUGCUGAUGACAUGGAAGACCAGCCUUGCAGCAGCCCCACCAAUGGAGCCAACAUUCUGGCAACCUCGCAGACUCCGCUCGCCAAUCUUCCCAAGCACUUGGGAAAAUGCAAAAUCGACGCCAACAGCGCAUCAGAUGGAGUUAUUCUCCCUGUUUGUGUGCCUAAGUUGGUCCCAACUCUGGUACUUACCAAUUACACUCACCAACCGCAAUUCGCAAAGUAUCUGAACGAUACGAAGUUCACGGGAGUUGGACUUGGAUCCGAGGAUGAUUGGAUGGUGGUGGUUUUGGCCUCAAAUACCCCAACUGGAAGCUUUGCUAAUGCAGCAAGCUCUUUAGUUUCAACCGUUGGUUUUGGUCAUUUCUUGGUCUCCAUUUUGGUAGCGUUGUGUGUUAUUUUGGUCAGCUGAAGUGGUAGUUGAAAGUUUUUACUGCCCCCUCUCUCUGUUGUUAUGUUGUACCAAAAUAUGUGACUUUUGUAGUUGUUAACUAGGGAUUUCGAUUGUAUGUAAUGCCUGAACUAAUGAAC